AUGAGUAAAACGAGUAGUGAUGAUCAACAGCGACAUGCGGUCUAUGUCUGUCGACAGCCGUAUAUUGUUCGUCGUGAACUUGGUCGUGGAAAAACGUCAUCAGUAUUUAAAGGACUGGAUGUUACUGCCAAUUAUUUUCCAGUUGCCAUAAAAGAAUUUCAUAUUAGUCGUCAUGAUCCGAAUGCAUGGGAAUCUUAUGCAAAUGAAAUACAGUUAUUAACUCAUUUACAAUCGACUAAUCGAGUUGUACGAUUAAAAUCUUAUGAAUAUAAACCAAAAUUUGGUCGAGCCUAUAUUGUUAUGGAAUUGGGUACUCCGUUACGUCGAUAUUUGAAAGAAGAUGAACCAAUUGAAGAACCAUAUCGCCGUUUAUUUUGGACAAAAAUGAUUGAUGCAUUGGCAUCAUUGCAUGUGACAGGAAUUAUUCAUGGUGAUAUUAAACCCGAUAAUUUUCUUCUUGAUGCGUUUGGUCAAUUGAAAAUAAUCGAUUUUGUUCCUCCCGGUCAAUAUGGUGUGGUAUAUCGACAACGUGGUACAAGAAAUUAUCUAUCGCCCGAAGUAGCCGCAACAUCAAAGCCAUUCUACACUCAUAAAGUGGAUAUAUGGGCUAUGGGAUGUAUUCUUUAUGAAAUGACAUAUGGUUUUUCACCAUUUCGAGAUAUUGAAAAAACUAUAGACAAAAUAGAUGCAAUCAAAAAUCCAUACCAUCAAAUUCCUGUCUCACCGGAUACAGAUCCCUGGCUACUUGAUCUAUUGACUCAUCUACUCGAUAGAAAUCCAAUUACAAGAUAUUCAAUUGACGACAUUCAAAAACAUCCUUAUACUACGAUAAGAAUAAGACUAAAUGGCAAACCAAAUCAACUAAAAGCGGUAGAACGAAAGAAAGACAUUAAAGGAAGAAUUUCUUGUUCCGAAACAUUGGCUAGACGUAAUCUAUUACUUGAUGAUAUCAAAAUUGCCGUAAUUGCUGGAUUAUCUGUUGGCCUGUUAUUAAUUGCUACUGUAAUAGCCAUAAUAAUAUUUUUACUAAAAAAACGUUUAGCAAAAUUAAAUGCAAGUAGAAUCGGUGAGGGAUUUACUGAUACAGAAGAAACAGUUGUCAUCGAUUCAGAGAUUGGUACUUCAACAGUGGCUGUCGCAGCAAGUGCUGAUUCUGAAUUGUGA